AUGGUCGAGGCGAAGUCCAAAAUCCCGGACAGAUGGACUGACUACCUACCUCUUGGAAAAAGGAUACCCGGAACACGCUUUAUUGCUUUUAAAGUUCCUCUUAAAAAGAAAUAUGAAUGUAGACUUGCCCCAAAUGAGCGAUUUUCUCCGUUAGACCUUGUUGAUCAAGUUAGAGAGCAGAAUGAAGAACUUGGCUUGAUCAUUGAUUUAACAUACACCACUCGCUAUUAUGAGCCAAAGGAGCUACCGGAUAGGCUGCAGUACUGUAAGAUUUAUACAGUUGGACAUGAAGUACCAGAUAACGAGACAGUUCUUAAAUUCAAAAGUGUUGUGAACCAGUUCUUGAUGGAGAACCAACAUAAUGACAAACUGAUUGGUGUUCACUGCACACAUGGCUUGAAUCGAACCGGUUACCUUGUUUGUAGGUAUCUAAUUGAUGUUGAAGGAAUGGAUCCAAACAUGGCAAUAGAAUUAUUCAAUAGAUGCAGAGGGCACUCCAUAGAGAGGAAGAACUAUAUUGACGCCCUCAAAACAGGACCUGCCUGCAGGGAUCAUCAUGCAGCUUUCUCUGGAUCUGGUUGGAUUAAUAAAGGAUACUACAGACCUGCCUACAAUUCUGAUUUUCAAGUAGCUGACUACAAUCCACCAAAUUUGCAACAGCUUGCAUUGCAAGAACAAAGGCACUUUCCUGCUGGAAGAGGAAGGGGUAGACAAAACCCAUAUGGAAGAUCUUCCGCCCAGAACUUCAUCACCUGCUACGACGAAGGUCAGUCUGUUUUUGGUCCUCUGCCACCUUCUGUGCCUGACACUAUCCAGCAAAGAGGAAGGCACAGAAGAAACCAAAGGAAUCACAGUAGAAUAUCCAACAGCGAGUGUUUUGAUUUGCCCUACCAGACCCAUUUGCAGGAGUCUGGACACUCUGUUCCAGUGCAAAACUCUCACUAUCCUCUCCAGCAUGGAAGAUAUAGUACAGACAGGCAAUCCAGUCAGAACUUCUAUCAAUGGGAACACAGCUGGCAAGGACGAUACUAA